AAAGAAAAAAAGAAAAAAGAAAGAAAAAAAAUGAAGAAAACAAAAAUUAACCAAAGACUAACUUUAUUUUUUGACUUUUUACGUAUUACACCAGAAAUAUAAUUUAAUAUUUCUUUAAAUGAUAUCAAUAUAAAAAGAAACGAUCUUCCUGAAGGUUAUCGAUUGACCCAACGUGUCAAUCCGAUAAUUUGUUAAUAUGCGACUGAAACUAACGUAAAGCUUGUGUUUUUUCGUAAUUCGAGACAGUAGUCUUGUUGAUCGUUCGAAGGAUCUAAACGUGUCUUUUAGAAAUGGCAGAAAAUAAUAAGAGAGUUAUUCUCGCGUAUAGUGGCGGCUUAGAUACUUCCUGUAUAUUAUUGUGGUUGAAGGAAAAUGGAUAUGAUGUCACCGUUUACGUGGCAAAUAUCGGACAGGAAGAAGACUUUGAUGCAGUUAGAGAAAAGGCAUUAAAAAUUGGUGCUAAAAAGGUCAUUAUAGAAGAUCUUCGAAGGACCUUUGUAACGUCAUACGUAUGGCCUGCCAUUGCGUGUGGCUUACGUUACGAAGGAAGAUAUCUUUUAGGUACUUCAAUCGCAAGACCAUGUAUAAGCGAGGGUUUAAUUCGAACUGCUAAAGCUGAAAAAAUUUCUGUCAUUGCUCAUGGAGCUACUGGAAAGGGAAAUGAUCAAAUAAGAUUCGAUUUGAGCUGUUACAGUCUCUGUCCUGAAGUCGAGAUAUUGGCACUCUGGAGAAAACGUGAAUUUUAUACGAAAUUCACUGGAAGGACAGAUUUACUCGAAUAUGCUCAUAAAAAUGGUAUACCAGUCUCAGCAACACCGAAAGAACCAUGGAGUACUGAUGCUAAUUUAUUACAUAUUAGUUACGAAUCAGGAAUAUUGGAAAAUCCGGCUAUCCCAGCACCGAUAGAAUUAUGUAAAAUGACGACAAAUUUAGAAUAUUGUCCGAACGAACCUGAAGAAAUUGAAAUUGCUUUUACUAAAGGAUAUCCCUCCUCUGUGCAAAAUCUUGACAAUUGUUAUGUCAUUGAUAAUCCUUUAGAAAUAAUCGAAUAUUUGAAUGAGGUUGGCGGCAAACAUGGAGUAGGGAGAAUCGAUAUAGUCGAAAAUCGUUAUAUAGGUUUAAAAUCACGUGGAAUUUACGAAGCACCAGGUAGUAAGAUUCUUUACGAGGCUCAUCAAGAUUUAGAGAUCUUCAUAUUGGAUCGUGAAGUGUUGAGAAUCAAAUCUUAUCUAGCUGAAAAAAUGUCCGAUUAUGUAUACAAUGGUUUCUGGUUCUCACCAGAAUGUGAUUUUGUACGAGAAAGCAUAGAAAGAUCUCAAAAGUAUGUAACUGGCAUGGUGAGAUUGAAAUUGUGUAAAGGAAGUGUAUCGAUCCUUGGAAGAUCUAGCGAUGUCUCAUUGUAUAACGAAAAUUUGGUCUCAAUGGAUAAACAGGGAGAUUUUCAACCGGAAGAUGCCGAAGGAUUUAUUCGCACGCAAGCUAUAAGAUUAAAAGAAUUUCAUAGAUUUAAAAAACAGCAACAAAUAGGUGAAUGAUAUUGGAAAAAAAAAUAAAAAGAAAAAUGAUUCAAACGGAGAUGAUACGAAAAUCAAAUAAUAAAAUAAAAUCUGUGUAUUAAUUA